AUGGACUUUGAGACGGCGAGGCACAACUAUUCGUCCCAGGAGCUCGAAGAUGAGAUGAGAGCCCUCGAGGGCAGCUUUGACGAUAGAAGUUCCGAGGUGGAAGUAUACUCAGUUCAUGAGUAG